CCGUACUGAAAUUAGUUUUGCAGGACAACUGUUGUCCACUUGGUGAUGCUAUGGAACAAGCAGAAAAAGCCAAAAAAGGAUGGAUUCUACACAGUCUCUCCAAUUCCAGACAUCCCAGUUCCCGUUGUUUCCGGUGUUGCGAACAUCCCUGUAAACAUGGCGGGUAGCAUCCGCAGCCGUCCGAUCCGGAGUCUUCGGAUGCGAGGUCGGAAUGACAGCGGAGAGGAAAACGUACCGCUCGACCUAAGCAGAGGUCCCUCGGACAACUUCCGCGAAAUCUUGCAGAAUGUGGCCAAGCAGCGAGGUGUCAGUAACAUGCGGAAGCUGGGCCACCUCAACAAUUUCAUCAAGGUAGGUCUUCGCGCCUGUCUGCGCGCCUGUCUCAGCGCCGGUCUGCGCGCCUGUCUCAGCGCCGGUCUGCGCGCCUGUCUCAGCGCCG